AUGUCGGAGCCCCAGAAGCCUGCAACGGGUGCCCCCGAAAAGGUCGACGAGACCUACACUGAGAGCAAGGCCAAAUUCGAAGGGAAAGCGAAGAGUGAAUACUUUGACCCUUGCCAAGAGCUCGCGCAGAAGAGCAUCAAGUGCCUGCACCGGAAUGGGGGUGACAAGUCCAUGUGCGGAGAUUACUUCCAAGCAUACCGAGAUUGCAAGAAGGCCUGGUUCGACAAGCUUAAGGAGGAGCGCAAAGCGAAGGGUGCUUGGUGGUGA